ACGAUAGCAAUAACGAUGUUUUUGCAGCUCGCGGCAGAGCAAUUUUAGUUUUUGCUUUUAAAAUAGAAUGCACCGCGAAUGCAGUUAAUUAUUAAUAGUUAAAAUGUGGCCAAGGUUAGCCUGAAGUCGUUGCCGUUUGCAGAUCUUAUUCGUGUGCGCCUCUAACGACAGCAAACCCCCGAAAAGCCGUGUCGAAAAGCGACCCCCCGACCACAGUGUGUGUGUGUACAGAAGGCGAAGCUGAGCGAAGGCUCGACUCAAACCAAUUGCAAUAUUAAAAAGUGGAAGUGGAGUGGAGUGGUCAGGGUAGCGAGAGCAGCGCUGCCGCCGCCGACACCGCCAUCGCAAACGACGCCGCCGCCUGGAGCGCCCCAAGCCCCCGCAUCCGCAUUCGGGUUACACACGCCAAUCACACACAGCACACUUUUUCUUUUUGCAACGUACUUGUAACACUGUAAUAUUGUUUGGAAAAUUCGCCAGACGAACCGUAUGCGAGUGGCGACAUGAUAAUUUGUUCGAUUUGUACACACCGCAUGCUUAAAUUAUUGUGAACAAAGAAUUAGAAGUCGCUGCCAGCCACCGGAACGUAGAACUGAGAGCACGGAGGGAUUUUCGGAAGUCGCCGUCAAACUAGACAUGAUGAUCCAAGAGCCCGUGCAGGCCGCCAUAUGGCAUUGCAUGAACUACUACGACCUCAAGGAUGCUGUUUUCCUGGCGGAGCGCCUAUACUCUGAAGUGGAGAGCGACGAGACUGUAUUCCUGCUGGCCACGAGCUACUACCGCUUCAACAAGGUGCACCAGGCUUACUGGCUGCUCAAGGAGCAGGGACGCAGCUCGCCGCAGUGCCGCUUUUUGCAGGCCAAAUGUGCCUUCGAGCUGAAGAAAUAUUCUGAAGCCGAGAGCGCGCUGAUCUCGUCGGGAUUCGGGGAUGCCAAGAACUUUGACGAGCUGCAGCGGGACUUUGGAGUGGCGUGCUUCGCAUACCAACUGAUGGCGCAGAUCUGCGUGCUGACCGAGCGCAACAAACUGGCGGUCAGUGCGCUGCGGCGGGCGCUUAAGCUGAAUCCCUUCAUGUGGCAUGCCUUCGCUGAUCUGUGCCUGCUGGGCCAGGACACGGAUGCGGCGGCCACAUUCCAAAUACAGAGCACGGACGUGUUCAACACCUGCCAGGGCAGCAGUGCAAACGCCAACUCCAUGGUGGUGUUUGGCGCCGAGCAGCAGAAUCCCCAGCAGCAGGUGCAUCAGUCACUCAUAACGAACCUAAGCAAUAUCUCCAACUACAUCCUAACCACGCGGGAUCAGCAGCAACAGCAGCAGAACCAAAAUCAGCAGCCGGUGCAGCUACUCAACCAGAAUCAGAACCACAAUAGCAACAGCAACAUGGUGACGCCCAUCAAUAACAACAACAAUAAUAACAACAAUCUCAAUAGCUCGAUCAGCAUGCUGCGCGGCGGUAGCGUGGUGCAGAACUCCAGCAUGCUGGCGAUGCUGGAAGAUACACCCAUGGGUUAUACCCAGGACCCGGUAGCUCAGCAGCAGCAGCUAUACGACAUGACCGGCGGCACACCCUUCCGGAGACAGUUUAAAUACCUAUCGGCCAUUACACCGCCCACUCCCAGCUUCGGCGUUAUGCCACUGACUAGUCCCUGUCCCACCGGAGAUGGCUCCAUCAUUGGCCUUCAUACUCCUGUGAUGAAUGUCAGCUACUCACCGAUGCCACAGAUGCUGGCCGAGGUCAAUCAGGAGCCCAAGAUGAUGGGCAAGAAGCUAAAGACUCAUGUCGGCGGCCUAAUCAACCGCAAGGAUGGCAGCCUCAAUAAACCCGCCGUCUUCACGCAGGCCGGAAACAUAACCCCGCGCACUCCGAACAAUAAUAAUGUGGGCAACAAUGGGAAUCUGAAUGUGCCGCCCAAUCCCAACGCGGCAGUGCGCCGCAGUUCGCGGCUGUUCAGCAACUCUGCCUACUCGGUCAAGGAGAACAAUAAGUCGCCCAACAUAGCCAAUAAGUUCGUGCAGCCACGCUCACCGCCUCGGAAAACCAAGUCACGGAUGACCAAGAUCUGUCUGAAUAACGAACUGAUUGAGGAAAAGUCCCAUCACCUGUCCGAGAAGCGCAAGGAGAAGGUGGAGACCAUCACCUCCUCGGGCGCACUUAACAACAGCGGCGGACGGAGUGCUGCCGAGGAGGCCAAAGUACUGCUGAACAACAGCCUAAAUAACGCCCAAACGAUGGCUCACCAGCUUCUGGGACUCAAGAAGCAAUCGGCGGAUGGGCUGAUGGUCCUGCUUCAAAACUUAGCAGAAGCCUACCAGCUACUAUCCAACUUCCAGUGCAAGGCGGCUGUGAAGCAGCUGGAGACGACGAUACCAAAGCACCACCUGAAAUCCAGCUGGGUGCAGUCGCUCAUUGGAAUAGCUCGGUAUGAGAUGCGAGACUAUGAGGCGGCAGUGGAGAUCUUUGAGAGGAUCCACAAGGCGGAACCGCGUCGCUUGGAGUACAUGGAGAUCUACUCUUCAUCCCUGUGGCAUCUGCAGCGCGAAGUGGAACUCUCAGCGUUGGCACAGGAUCUAAUAAACCAGGACAAGACCAGCCCGGUGACCUGGUGUGUGUCCGGCAAUUGCUUCUCGCUGCAAAAGGAACACGAGACGGCAAUCAAGUUCUUCAAACGCGCGGUGCAAGUAGAUCCGGACUUCGUCUACAGCUAUACGCUGUUAGGUCACGAGCUCGUUCUCACCGAGGAAUUCGACAAGGCGAUGGAUUACUUCCGAGCCGCCGUGGUCAGGGAUCCGCGUCACUAUAAUGCCUGGUUCGGCAUCGGCACCAUAUACUCCAAGCAGGAGAAGUAUGAGCAGGCGGAAAAACACUACGUUAAAGCUUUGAAAAUCAAUCCGCAGAACUCGGUGAUCCUGGUGCACAUCGGCGCCAUGCAGUUCUAUAUGAAAAAGAAGGAUUUAUCGCUUCAGACGCUAAAUACGGCCGCGACGCUGGAUCCCAAAAACCCACUGACCCGAUUCCAUCGCGGCUCCAUCUACUUCUCGCUGGGCAAGUACCAGGAGGCGCUGCGCGAGCUGGAGGAGCUCAAAGAGGUCGUGCCCAAGGAGUCUGUGGUGUUCUAUCUGAUCGGCAAGAUACACAAGACGCUCGGCAACAUGGAUCUGGCGCUGAUGCACUUCAGCUGGGCCACCGAGCUGGAUCCCAAGGGUGCCAACAAUCAAAUCAAAGAUGCCUUCGACUCUAUGGCCCAUCCCAGCUGUUGUCCGACCAACAAUACAGCUCUCGAUGUUGAUCUGGAGCCCACCUCGGAACGAUCGGACGACUCCACGCAGGCGCAGCAGGACGGCAGCUACGACAGCGACUACUAGGAGGCAGGUGUAACUCUAAAUCCAGGCGGUUGUAUAUACGUUGAACAGAGUAAACAAAUAUUAAACAAAGAACUCGUAGAAACAUAAACGGAGAACAGAUAACAGAAACCAGAUCGAUUGAUUGAUUGCUGCUGCAUUGUCAUAGAAAGGAAAGCAAACCAAUUAUGAAGUAUAAUAAAGUCUAGAUAACGUUUAGCAUUAGUAACUUAAAAUAUACAACAAA